UAACAGUGUAUAUCUUACUGCCGUAGAGAGCAGAGCAAAAGAGGAAAGAACGUGGGAUGCGCCCAUCACGAGAUACCAUGGCGCUCAGAUUUAACAUGAGGUUACUUAUUCUUGCGGCAUUUUUGGCCAUUGCUGCUGCAACCUUCGGCGGUCAUGAGCAUGUUCAUAUAAGAAUCCACGUACCUAAGAUCAUACAAGAUGUUCAUCACGAGAAAAAGAUAAUAAAGUACCACGAGGAGCAUGGCGGUGGUGGUGGUCACGGUGGUGGCGAUUCCCACAUCGAAAUUACUAGUCCUGGAAUAGGAGGUUUUGGAGGUGGCCACGGAGAUAUUGGCGGCGGUGGACACGAUUUCGGAGGCGGAUUCGGAGGUGGACAUGGUGGCGGUUUCGGAGGUGGUCAUGGAGACUUUGGCGGAGGCCACGGAGAUUUCGGAGGCGGUUACGGCGGCGGUUUUAGUGGUGGACACGGAGGCGGUUUCGGUGGCGGUCACAGCAUAGCCAUCAGCGGUGGAGAUCAUGGAGGUGGAUUGGGCGGACACGACAUUGGUGGAGGAUUUGGAGGUGGCCACGGUGAUAUUGGCGGAGGAUUCGGAGGUGGUCACGGUGACAUUGGCGGAGGAUUUGGAGGUGGUCACGGCGACGUUGGUGGCUACGGAGGUGGUGGUCAUGGCGGUGGUUUUGGAGGCAGCCACGGUGACAUAGGAGGUUACAGUAGCCACGGAGGUGGCGACAUCGGUGGAGGUUACGGAGGCGGAAGUUUCGGCGGUCAUGGUGCUAGUGGAGGUGAUGAUCAUUCCUUUGGUUCUAGCAGCUACGGGAAUUCGAUAUCCAGCGGUUUUGGCAGCAGUGGUCAUGGUGGCUCAUCUGGACUGAGCAGUUACAGUUCGGGUGGUGGUUACGAUUCCUAUUCGAGCGGCCAUGGUGGUGAUUCCUAUUCUGGAGGUGGUGGCGGUGGCCAUGGACAUGGUGGAUUCUCUGGCUACCCUUAAAUUCAUACAGCAAACAACGUUCAACAUAUUCUGACUCGAAGACCGAAAUUCAUGGUGUAGCCAUUAAUUUACCAUAUGACCUGAAGACGCCUGGCGUCUCUGACUUCAUUUCAUGGAAACCUUAGUCAUUUAUUCUGCUCAUAACUUCACUAUGAUAAGAUCAAAACUGCCUGAUUCACCAUUGAACCUUUAUAAUCAGUGCCGUGUACUCAUUCCAUUGAGAGCGAGUUGCGGUCUAUUCACCUUUGAACUUUUGUACAUGACCACUGUAUAGGUAUCAUUCCUGUAUAAUGGCUGCACAAAACCAGGAUUCCACUUCCUUCACUAAAAGCUAGAGUAAAACUGCUGAUAUUCAUCAAAAUGAUAAAUCAGCAGAAUCCUCUUGCGUGUAGAUCUAUCUCGCAUUCUAGAGCCAGUCGAUCUAGAAAACUAGCACUUUUAUUAAUUACCGGGAUUAAUUAUCCUGGAUUACGAUCACUCGCCAUCAGCAAUUAUUAUAUUCAUAUUAAUUAUAAACACAUCCUUAUACAGUUAUAUAGACUAUAAAAUAUUUUGUUGAAUUUGU